AUUCGUCGAAAAUUGGAUGCUGUAGUCGGGAAAAAAAUCACAAAUGAAAAAUCAAUCAUUUGUCAUCGAAUAAAUGCUUUUCACAAAGUUUUCUUUCAAUCAUCUAAGUGCCUCUAACCUCUCUUCUUUUUAUAUGUGAGAACAGACUUUGUAAGUUAGAAAAAUUGAUACUAUAAGUAUCCAUAACCACCGGUUAAUCAAACCAGACUAGUAUGCUGCAAACUCAUAAUUAAGUUCGUUAAACCAACGCUCGGAAUAAUUUGCUUCGAACUAGUCUUAUUACUCGGAUGUUUUGAAUAAGAAAACGUGUUCUAAAUGAAUGUCUACGUAAUUAAACAUUUACACGUUUUUCAAUAAACAUCUUGAAACUUUCUUGCGAGCCACACAAAUUAACUAAAGAAUCAAACUAAAACUCCGAAAUUUAUGGUCAACCACAUUAGGACAACAAAAAAAUCUAACGAACAAAAAAAAAAAACACGUGACAAAAGAUACCCCACGUGGCAAAAACCCACUUAACUAGGUGGACCCCACACAGAAUAAAAACAGAGCAAAACCUUUUCUUCUCUGUUCUUUCUCAUCUCCUUCCACUGGGACUCACACACCCUUGUAAAGCUUCUAUCUUUGGAACCCUAAAACACAAACGAUUUUACACGUUUAUUGUUAUACUCUGUUUCGAAAAUUUCUUCAUAUAUUGGUUAUGAGUUUCUAGACAUUGUAUGAUUUUAGUAAUAGUACUGAUCGGUCUCGAGAAUCCACCAUUUCUUAGUUUGAUUAUAGGUGUGUGUAGCGAUUGGGAUUGAGAAAUCGUUAUUUCUAUUCGAGUUUUGGCUUUGAAGAAGUAUGGAGGCUCGAUGUGACUAUUGUGAAACCGAAAAAGCAUUAAUUUACUGCAAAUCCGAUUUGGCUAAACUUUGUUUAAACUGUGAUGUUAAUAUACACUCAGCGAAUCCUCUGUCUCAAAGACACACACGGACUUUACUCUGCGAGAAAUGUUUCUUGCAACCCACGGUAAUCCACUGUAUGAACGAGAAGGUUUCUCUUUGUCAAGGAUGUCAAUGGACCGCAACUAACUGCACUGGUUUAGGACACAGACUUCAGAAUCUGAAUCCUUACUCUGGUUGUCCUUCUCCAUCAGAUUUCGCCAAGAUCUGGUCUUCGAUUUUAGAACCUUCUGUCUCAAAUUGGGUCUCUCCAUUUCCUGAUACCCUGCUCCAGGAAUUAGACGAUUGGAAUGGUUCAUCAACUUCCGUGAUUACACAAACUCAGAAUCUUAAAGACUAUUCUUCUUUCUUUUCCAUGGAAUCUAAUCUUCCUAAAGUGAUAGAGGAGGAAUGUUCUGGUUUGGAUCUAUGCGAAGGGAUAAAUUUGGAUGAUGCGCCAUUGAAUUUCAACGCAAGCAAUGAUAUUAUCGGAUGUUCAUCACUUGAUAAUACCAAAUGUUACCAGUAUGAGGAGUCUUUUAAGGAAGAGAAUAACAUUGGAAUUCCUUCAUUACUGCUUCCUGCGUUAUCCGGAAAUGUUGUUCCGAGCAUGUCAAUUUCGAUGUCAAACAUCACAGGAGAAAACAGUGCGACUGAUUACCAAGAUUGCGGAAUUUCGCCAGGGUUUCUCAUAGGAGAUUCGCCAUGGGAAUCGAAUGUUGAAGUCAGUUUUAAUCCAAAAUCAAGGGAUGAGGCUAAAAAGAGAUACAAACAAAAGAAAUCAAAGCGCAUGUUUGGGAAGCAAAUACGAUAUGCAUCACGCAAAGCUAGAGCUGAUACGAGAAAACGAGUGAAAGGAAGAUUUGUGAAAUCUGGAGAAACAUUUGAGUAUGAUCCGUCACUGGUUAUGUGAACUAGUGAUUCUUCACUGCGAUAAAGUCUCAAUUAAAGAAUAAUCUCACUCCAUCCACGGGAUGAACAGUUUCUUGUCGGAGAAGUAACAAAAAAAGUAUACAAGAUCAAACUAUAAAACCCUGAAAUCAAGGCAAACGUGAUACCAAAUGGAGAAAAAAAAUCUCAAAGUUGUCUCUUUUUUACUAGAGAAUUUCCUCUGUUUAUGAUGCGACCAAAGAACCUACCGGUCAUACAGCAACGAGACGAGCAGACCAAAUGAAGAAACAAAACAAGAGCCAGUGACUCUUUCUUACUUAUAGUUCUUUAUACUCAAUUAAAUGUUAAAGAUAGAAAAAUAUGUGUCUUCUUUGUGUUUUGGACCACUCUUUACUUUUCCAUUUCACUUGAUUGUAAUUUGUAACGUUGUAUUGUUUUCUUGUUUAAGAAAAAUAAAGCCAAUGAAUAAAGGCAGAUUUGUGGAA